UCGCGCAUACAGCCAUGGAUUACAACCAAAACCCAUACGACUUUGUUCUUCAUCUUCUUCCCCCUUUCACCCACUUCUCUCCUUCCAAAAACCCAAAAUCUCCCAUCAAAAUCCCCAAUUCCUACAUGUAGGAAACGCAAUCACGAUUCAAACCAAUUGAAUCUUGCAACAUGGGUUGUGGGAAUUUCUUCUUCACUCUCACAAUAACGUUUUCAGUAGCUCUAAUCACAUACAACAUCAUCAUUUCAGCCAACGCUCCACUCAGGCAAGAACUCCCAGGCUCAUCACAAGGGGUUCUCUCUGUUGACCCGAUAAUCAAGAUGCCGGGGAAUAGAAAGUCAGCUUUGGCCGAUAAGAAGAGGAUGUUUCAUACUGCAGUUACUGCAUCUGAUUCUGUUUAUAACACAUGGCAGACUAGGAUCAUGUACUAUUGGUUUAAGAAGAUGAAGGAAAACGGCGGAGUGAAUUGCGAAAUGGGCGGAUUUACGAGGAUCUUACAUUCUGGAAAAGCCGAUCAGUUCAUGGAUGAGAUCCCGACUUUUGUUGCUCAGCCACUUCCAGCUGGAACAGAUCAGGGUUAUAUAGUCCUCAAUCGACCCUGGGCAUUUGUGCAAUGGCUACAACAAGUCGACAUUAAAGAAGACUAUAUAUUAAUGUCAGAGCCAGAUCAUGUUAUUGUAAAACCAAUACCAAAUUUAUCCAAAAAUGGGCUUGGAGCAGCUUUUCCUUUUUUCUACAUUGAGCCUAAAAAAUACGAGCCAAUUCUUAGAAAAUUCUACCCAGAAGAAAAAGGGCCAAUUACCAAUAUUGACCCUAUAGGAAAUUCACCUGUUAUCGUUGGAAAGGAAUCUCUUAAAAAGAUAGCUCCCACAUGGAUGAAUGUGUCUUUGGCCAUGAAAAAAGACCCUGAAGCUGAUAAGGCUUUCGGUUGGGUUCUUGAAAUGUAUGCUUAUGCUGUUUCAUCUGCUUUGCAUGAUGUUGGAAACAUCUUACAUAAAGACUUCAUGCUUCAGCCACCAUGGGAUACAGAAAUUGGGGAGAAGUUUAUUAUUCACUACACGUAUGGAUGUGAUUAUGAUAUGAAGGGUAAAUUGACAUAUGGAAAAAUUGGAGAGUGGAGAUUUGAUAAAAGAUCAUUUGACACAAUCUACCCUCCAAAAAACCUUCAACUUCCUCCACCUGGUGUCCCUGAAAGUGUGGUUACACUUGUGAAAAUGGUGAAUGAGGCAACGGAGAACAUCCCAAACUGGGGAGCUUAAAUACAAGAUAUGAUAUUAGGGGAUAUUUUUCGGGUUUAACAUAUAGAGGAAUUAUGUUAUAUUUUUUCUUAUUUUAUUCAAAGUGAUGAAAAAUAGGACAUUGAUGAAGGUAUUAUUACAGUUUAAGCAGUUUAAGAGAGGGGUUGGAUUUGGUUCGUGUAUUUUCUUCUUCUUGUUGUGCAUAAAUUGAAUUGGUACAGGAAUUGCAAUUGAGGUGAAAAUGGCUUCUUUUA